UCGUUUCCCUCCGUACCCCUGGUCCAGUAGCAACCGUCUCUCGGAAGAUCUAUAGUUCAGAGGAAGAGGUUUGGAAACCAGAGAGAGAACUUCUGGUAGAAUUGCACAGAGUUGGAAAAAUAAUGGCGGAGAUACUAAGCCCUAAGGCUUCAAAGCAGAGACCUCCGACGGCGACGCGUCUACAAUCGCCAACUAGUCCCUUCUUUUUGGCCUCAAACAAUGAUGAACUCGAACGAGCUCAGUCGCGGGCCGUCCGUGCCGCUGCCAUUAGACGCAAAGCAAUAGAUUCAAUUGCCGCUCCUCCUCCUACUCCGUCCGAUCCUUGUCUUAGCAAAGAUCAGAUCGUUGAGUUGUUCCAAAAUUGCAUUAAGCUUGCGAGUGAGAAUAAAAUAAACCAAAAGAACAGUUGGGAGCUGAAGCUUAUAGAUCAUCUGAGCGAGAUUAUUCAACCGGUGGAUGAUGCGGAGACAAAUUUUCUAAAGUUCACUCAGAAGCAUAUAAGGUGCUUGGUCGAAUCAUUCGAGCAGGAGGAGAAGAUGAACAAGUUCCCAGAGGCCAUCACUUUUCAAAUGCUUGUAACGAGACAACAUGCUUAUCUCACAUUUUUUGAAAAUACAAAUUACGAGUUGGGGACAUGCAAUGCCCUUGCACAAUGUCACUCUGGUGGUGGUGAAACUGUGUCAGAGGGUGAUAACAUCAAGAAUGGACAAGAUGAGGGUCGUUCUAUGAAAGAGAUAGAGAUGAAGAUGUCACCUUUGUCGACACUGGAACCAUCUUUUGAAGCUCUGAAUGUGAAGAAGUUCGAUGUUGCAUUUGCAGUGGAUCCUCUUUAUCACCAAACAUCUGCACAAUUUGAUGAAGGUGGAGCUAAGGGUCUCUUAUUGAAUAAUCUUGGAGUUUAUGGAGGAUGUCGAGUACUAUUUGAUUCCCUAGAAGUACCAAGAAAGUGUAUGUCAUGUUCAAUUCAAAACACUAAUUCCGAUAUGAUUGAUAUCUCUUUUGCCAGAGAAUACGUUGAACAGAUGCUCAUGAAUAUGCCCAGAAAAAAUGAAAUUUCUCCAACUUUCAGGAAAAUAGUUUGCCAAUUUGAAGAAGAUAAUCAAAAGUUUUCACAUGCAUUUACUGAAGGCCAGAAAUCUGCAGUUAUGGCUGAUUCUGUUGAGGACAUUAAUCAUCCUGUGAAUGAUAAUCCAUCUCGAAGCUUUGAGACAGGGAACUUUGGUCCUGAUGAGGAUGCAAGUGUAGUUGAUGAAAGCUUCAACUUUGGAGAUACAACUUCUUUAAGUCAUAAUGAGGAGAGUCAUUGCUAUGCAUCCUAUGAGGCUGAUGUGGAAGGAAAAUAUGAGGAAUUUGCUUUAUGUUCAGAAGAAUUUCCUGCCACCAAAAGCAGAACAGGUUUGUCAACAAAGAGGCCAACGGACAGUACACCUCUGGAACUUGAUAUUGAUUUUAUUAAGUUUCUGGAUCAAGAAUUUCCAGGUAUCUUUGCUCCCCCAAAAAAUCCCAGGUCGCUUCUGCUACCUGCAAAUAGAAUGCCUGGGAGUAACACACUUCCUGAAGAUUGCCAUUAUCAACCAGAAGAUCUUGUCAAGUUGUUUCUUCUUCAUAAUGUUAUGUGCUUUGGGGGAAGAAGAAGAAAACUUUCAGAUGAUGGCUCAUGGCAACACAACAAUAAUUUUGAUGAACAAUUGCCUACAUGGGACAAUGACAAUCUGUUUGGUGGCCAAUAUGAUGAUGACUGUGUCCAUAGUGAUCUGGAAGAUUCAGACGGACUUGUCUCUCAUCCUCGUCAGGUAACUAAGAUUGAAGUUCAGUAUGACAAAACUUCUAAACAAGUUGAUGUGCAUGUGCUCAGGGAAACCCUUUGGGAUCACAUACAAGAAUCUGUUCGCGUGCCAGAAACAGUUUGCAAGGACACGGUAUCUUUUAAACAUGUUCUAGCCACCUUUCCUGAAGAAUGCCAAACUGCACAGCCGGAGGAUAUUUCGCCUCAUCUGUGCUUCAUUUGCCUAUUGCAUUUAGCCAAUGAGCAUUGUUUAAGCAUCACUAACUGCCCCACCUUCGAUGAACUCACUAUUUACCUUCCUUCUCAUGGAAAACACGCAUGAAGUUCCCCAUGCACCUCAUAGUAACAGCGCAUAAUCGUUCCGAGAGACAAAUGCAAUGAAGAGUAGCAAGCUUUUCCUAGCAUCAAGUUUUUGGCCAUUCUACACAGGAUAUGCAAGGUGCAGAUAUAUAUAUAUAUAUA